AUGUUGUUUUAAAAUUUUAGCUUGACUGCGUCGUUGCGUGAAAAAUUGUAAAAUAUCGACGUCAAAGUGCAAAUAACCACAUCAAAAUAUAAAAAAAGUGAUAAUAAAUGAACAAUCCACCACGUAAUCAAUAAUUCAACGUUGCAAGUACGUGAAAAGUACGUGUUUUUGGCAUCUGUAAGUGGGCAACGAAAUUCUCUCGCUCUUGCCUCCGCGUCGCCAUUGGUGUGUACGCAUUGGCAGUGUGGUGCAUCCGUGUGUAAUUUUUUCUGCCCCAUAUGCAAAACAACGCUGGCAAAGGACCCCGAACACGAACAGCAAGAGCCUUUUGAAACCGAGUUAUGAGUGUCGCUGCAAUGACUAUGGACGAUCAGAGACCGCUGAUGAACAGUUACGACAAAAUGUCGACAGCCAAAUACGAGCAAAACAUAAACCUUAUAAGCAGUGGCGCCAGCAGUGGCAUCAGCGCGGGAGGUGUUGGUGGAGGGGGCGUGCCGCCCUCUGGCCCGGCAUCGCCCACUCCCUCCGGGUCCGAGGAGUCUCACCACCAUCCGCAUCAUCCGCACCACUCGCACCACCACCAGCACCAUACCCCCAACCAGGAGCAACAGCGCCAACAACUGCAGCAGCAAGAACAACAGCAUGCCGCUGUUGCAGAGGCUGUUGCAGCCGCCGAACAGCGCCAGCGUCUGCUCGAAGAUGAGAUCGAAACCCUCAAGCUGGAGCAGGUACGCAUGGGGCAGAUCUGUGCCGAUGCCCAGCGUCGCGAGAAGAUCCUUAUGCGGCGGCUGGCCAACAAGGAGCAGGAGUUUCAGGACUAUGUGAGCCAAAUUGCCGAGUACAAGGCACAGCAGGCACCGACAGCCCUGGCGCUGCGCACCGCUCUUUUGGAUCCGGCUGUCAAUCUGCUCUUUGAGCGACUCAAGAAAGAGCUAAAGGCCACAAAGACCAAGCUGGAGGAGACCCAGAACGAGCUGUCUGCAUGGAAAUUUACGCCGGACUCCAACACAGGCAAGCGGUUGAUGGCCAAGUGCCGCCUGCUCUACCAGGAGAACGAGGAACUGGGCAAGAUGACAUCGAACGGAAGGCUAGCAAAGCUAGAGACUGAACUGGCCAUGCAGAAGAGCUUCAGCGAGGAGGUGAAGAAAUCGCAAUCGGAGCUGGAUGACUUUCUGCAAGAGCUCGACGAGGAUGUGGAGGGCAUGCAGAGCACCAUAUUGUUUCUGCAGCAGGAACUGAAGACCACACGCGAUCGCAUACAAACGCUGGAGAAAGACAAUGCUCAGCUGAAGCAGGCUCACACGAAGGACGAUACCGUCGCGAUGGCACCACCCACCACCAACGGCACCAACAAGAUGUCGCCGCCACAGACGCCGACUCCCUCGACAAUAGGAAAACUAGAGCCGAUCGACGAGAACGUCGCACUAGAGAGCAAAGCCGCACAUCCCGACUAUCUGAACGGAGAUACCAGGAGCGUUAAUAACAACGAACAAAUUUUGCCCAGCUCUGUUCCCGGAGAGCAUAUUCUGCCCGAUGAUGUGAACAACAGCAAUAGCAACGGUAAUGGGAAUGGAAAUGCCGCGCGAUUGGCACGCAAGAGGAACUACGAAGAGGAGACGACCACGAACAUGGUGACACCGACCCCUGUGAGCUACAGUGUGGAGGAAAUGACCACGGUGAGGGAAGUGAGUACACCCAGAAUACUGCCGCCCAAGAAGUCCAAGCUGCGAGGCAUGCCGACGCGACGAAGCUCCCAGUUGGAGGAAGAACUACAUGCAGCAGCGACGGUAGCAGCUACGGUGGCAACGCCACUGAUCCUCGAUAAUUCUGCUACUGGAAUGGUCAGCGAAGAGGCGACAGCUGUUGCACAGCCAACAUUAGCGAGCGUGGAAUCCGGAGCAGUAUGCCCCGAGUCUAUUGAAGCGGGAGUAGUGGCGGGGCCUGCCCGCAUCUCGACGCGACGUCGGUCCGUGCGUAUGCAGCAGAACGGAGCCGGACCCUUGGACUACUCGACCUAAGCGGAAUAGGGCCUUUUUCAAAAGGGUCGCGCGCACUUUAUGAUUUUUUUUGUCAUAUUAAUCGUUAAAUCCUGACGUUUAUAUUCGUGAAUUGAGAUUUCCAAACUGAGAGAGACUUCUUAAGAGUAAUAUGCUAUUAUAAUUUACUGUAAUCGACAAAUUUUUUUUACACAUUUGUCUUGUAAAAUACGUUUAGCAUUGUGUUUGCAUUCACCAUAUAGGCAUAAUUGCACAGAAGUCCCUGAUACACAUAUGAUCUACUGCUAUUUAACAUAUGAAUUUAAAUAUAGAGAGUAGAGUGUAUCCCACAUACUAUACAUAUGAACGAGCUAAAGGUUGAAUCGACAAACGAUCACAUAUUGAACCAGCUGAAUGAAAUCUUGCACAUAACGAGACACGUCAUCUAGAUAAAUUAGAUUUUAAUUACUAGCGUAAGGUCAUUUUUUGUAAUACCAUGAAAGUUCUGUAAAAUAAUAUAAAACUUGUGUUAAAAUAAAUUGUUAAGCAUAACGAAAAUUUCAA